AUGGCUCAAGAGCUGAUGCCCCUCGGAAGCCUAGAAGGCCGGCUGCUCUUCGCAGUACCCAAAAAGGGUCGCCUUCUCCAAGCGGCCUUGAACAUCCUUGAAGGCGCCGACAUUCAGUUCAAGCGUGAGAACCGCCUCGACAUCGCCCUCGUCAAGAACCUGCCCAUCGCCCUCGUCUUCCUCCCCGCCGCCGACAUCCCCACCUUCGUCGGCGAAGGCCGCGUCGACCUGGGCAUCACGGGCUACGACCAGGUGCAGGAGCACGAUGCCGGCACCCGGGCGCUCGCGCGGGCGCGCCGCAUGAGCAACGAGUGGGACCCCAACCGCGGCAAGCCCCACGGCUGCGAGACCGUGCUGGAUCUCGGCUUCGGCGCCUGCCGCCUGCAAGUCCAGGUGCCUGCUAAGGGCGAGUACGCCGAGGGCAAGGAUCUGAUCGGGAAGAAUAUCGGCACCAGCUUCGUGCACCUCGCGCACGAGUACUUUACGCGCCUCGAGCUCGAGCAGGAGGGCAUCACGGACCCGGUCCGCGCCGAGGGGAGGAAGCUCCGCACCAAGAUCAUCGAGCUCAGCGGGAGCGUCGAGGCCGCCUGCGCGCUGGGCGUGGCGGAUGGUAUUGUGGAUUUGGUUGAAUCCGGCGAAACAAUGAAAGCGGCCGGCCUCAAGGCCAUCGACACAGUGGUAGAAACCUCGGCCAUCCUCAUCAAGUCCAAGGCGCCAAGCAACCCGUCGCUGGUCGAGCUGAUCGCCUCCCGGAUCCGGGGCGUGAUCACGGCGCAGCGGUUCGUGCUGUGCCAGUACAACGUGCCGCGGGCCAAGCUGGCGGAGGCGACGCGGGUGACGCCGGGCAAGCGCGCGGCCACCGUGACGGCGCUCGACGAGGAGGGCUGGGUCGCCGUCAGCGCCAUGGUCGAGACCAAGCGCAUCGCCCCCGUCAUGGACGAGCUCGUCCAGGUGGGCGCCACGGAUAUCUUGGUGCUGGAUAUUCACAAUACCAGGAGUAGCUGA